UUCCGCGGCCCCGGCUCGCCUUUCACGCGCUGCAUUCCCUGCCCAAGAAGCGAAACUGGGAAGGCUAUCUGUCUAUCAACCUCUCCAGCUGUACACCUAUAAAAACAGGGACAAAGUAUUCCUUCUACCACAUUUCCCUUCAUUUUCGAUUCUGUUCCGGGAAGCAACCGCCGAGGCGCGAGGAGGCAGGCGACGAUCUUGGUGAAUCCGUGGAGUUUGCUGACGUGAGCUGGUUUCUUUGGUGUCCUUGAAGCCGGUGACAAGAGAACAUGGCCGCCGAGCAGCAGCAAGCCAAGGCCGGCAGCAGCAGGUUCGCGGUCACGUGCGGCCUGCUGAGGGAGUACAUGAAGGAGCAGGGCGGCAGGCUCCUCGCGCCGGCCGUGGCCACGAGCCUCAUGCCCGCCGCCGAUGUUGUUGGCGGCGUGGCAGAGGCGGUGGCGCCGGAGGAGACGAAGACCAUGUUGGAGCUUUUCCCCCAGCAGGCUGGCACGCUCAAACACUCGCAACAAAGGAAGGAGCCAGAGAGAGCGCCGCUGACCAUCUUCUACGGCGGGAGGAUGAUGGUGUUCGACGACUUUCCUGCCGAGAAGGCCGAGGAACUGAUGCAGCUAGUUGGCUCCUGCAAUGUUUCUCCGGCAGCCUCGGGCGCCGGCGCCGCGGCCGUUCGCCAGAAUGCACUGGGACAGUCCUGCUUGCCAGUGCACGUUUCUUCAGACACGCCCAUCGCGAGGAAGGCAUCGCUCCAGAGGUUCCUCGAGAAGAGGAAGAACAGGAUCGCCGCGGCAGAUCCAUACCCGGCGGCGGUAAGUGAGUCGAGCAAGCCUGUCAAAGACGAUGGCGCGCCGUGGCUCGGCGUGAACUCCAUGCUCCGCCUGAGCUGAAGAAUUUGGGGACACCUAGAGACCAGAAGGGACACCAUUACUCCUUAGUACUAUUUUCGAAUAAUAUAUCUGUGGGUCAAAUAUUUUUACCCCUUGGUAUUUUGCACCAGAUGUUGGUUGCUUUAGGGGAAUAGCUAGCUGAUUAUGAUUGGUUAAUUAGCUUGUCUUUCUAUCUGUUUGAGAAUUCUUUGAUGAGAAAAGAAUUCUUUUCCAUUCUGAUAUUUACCUUCAAGGAUAUGAACUAAAUCUAGUCGAUCGCUACAUAGUUUGUAAAUUCAAAUAAACUGAUGAUACAGAUUAUAUGCUA